AUGGCCACCGAAACCGAUACUCUAUCCUUUUCACUACCGACGAGCACUGCGCCCACCGACCUCUCUGAGUCAACAUGCAUGCCUCACUCUACGCCCUUCCUCCAACAGCCUUCACCCUCGGCAUAUCCACAUAAUAUUCCCGCCGAGUGGGAUACUAGAAUACCACCAUUACAAACACCAGCGACACAUGCCCAACAAUUCUGCGGCGAGAACUCAGGAAAUGGAAACGGCUGUUUCAACGAUGGAGGUCUUUUAUACAAGGUUCAGGCUGAGCGCGAGUGUCGAGAGGGACCUGGCAAAACCGUCGAAGAGGCUUGCCAACGCUCUCUCAACCACUUUCCUUGUCCAGGACUCGCCUUUCCGAUGCCGGCUCUUGAUUUCGACUUUCGAAUUGCUGUUCGGUUAAACCAGGAGGCUGUCCAUGUUGAUUCAGGCAACACCAAAGAAAUCACUACCGUUGCAGCCGGAGUUUGGUCCGGAUCAUUUGGCCACGGCCGCGUCAUUGCAGGUGGUUAUGAUCUUGGUCAGGCACGAGGUUUUAGGCCCAUGAGGCUCGUUGAGGGCGCUUUUGUCGUCCAAACAAGUGACGAACAGCCCGCAUUACUCGAAAUGCGCACACGUGGUUCCCUCUCGGGGCCUGCGGAUGUUCUCGACACUUUAUUAAGCCCCAAGACACCAAAGGAUAUCGACCCACGUCGCUACGGCUUCCGCAUGUUUGCGACUUUCAAGACUUCCGACAAACGCUACGCCGAGAUUGUCAACUGUGGAUUAUGGGUGGCCAGUGGUGCCUGGCGUGGCGAGCACUUGGUUAUCGAUGCCUACCGUGUUACAUAA